CGUGCAGUUUCGGAUCGUCGUUAUGGAAGUUGAGGUAGAAGGAGAUACAUUGUUUGUGACUAUCGUUUCAUGAUUUACAGUCUAGGUUUCGUGCCAUGAAUUUACACGUGUCAUACGUGCCCAGCCAAUUGACUUCAACUCGGUCAGCUGUGAUUGGUGUGAUAGGAGAGACUCGCCCGAUGGUGCUAUUCAAGGACACGUGCUUUUGACGAAGGAGAUUUCAAAAUAGAAUACGCCGGGAAGUAGAUUUGUGUAUAAGUUCGGAAGUAUCCGCCUAUAGACUAAAUGACUUUGAACAGUGACAUUUUUCGAAACCAAGAGCCAGUUUCGGUUCUUGAAAAAUGGUGUCUUGGAUGGAUGUGGAAAUUUUCAUCCUGCGAGUGUGUGCGCUUGGUUUGCUAGUGUUUUGCUUGUGCUUCCCAUGUAUCCAUGGCGACGAUUCAUCUCUUCAUGUGUCUGGUGACCACCAGAGGGCACUGCUGAAGCCAGAAGAGAACAAUGGCGGUGUGAUGACAUUCACAGUCGACAACCAGUCCGAUCCCUUGUUACACCCUGGGUUUAUGAACUAUUGUCGUCUGUCGGAAAAUGCAUUCACUGGCAGUGAAGGUUCUCCUGUGCCUGGCUAUCACUUGAAGAAGGUUCUCACCCUAAUCUCUCCAGGACAGCGAGCUACAAAGAUUGAUUUUGAAAACAUGACAAGUCCCGAUAUAAGCUGUGACUUUGAGGAGUAUGCACACCGGUCAAGCCAUCCUAAAGUUCAAAGUCUCCCCGAAGUUGCUGAUAUUUAUCGUCAUAUGAAAUCAAAGAAAGAUGGAUUCAAAAUAUUUCGGCCAUACCCUGAUUCACCAUUCUGUGAGUAUGAGGAGUUGUCUCCCCUUGGUACAACCCAGCAUAUUCUUUUAGGAGAAUAUAUGGGAAAGAAAUACUCUAAAUUUGGGUUUGAUGAACCAUAUGCCAUAGAGGGGAUGUUGGCAGCGCACUGCAUACAAGAUGAAGCAGCGUAUCAGAGUAUUUUUGCGUUUUUGCAUGGCUUGCUUCAUGAGAAAGAUUUUGUAUCAACAAGCGUCAAAAAGUCUUUGAAUAAUUUUUGUCAAAUGUAUCCUAGUCAUCGAUGCUCCUGUCCAAAGUCAGAUUUUCUUCAACAUCAGAUUGCGAAAGCAGUGCGAAGAGGGUUUCAUAUAUUUAAAGAAAGUGCCAAAGUUGAGCGUGGCAUCAAUGAAAAAAUAAACCUUCCUUAUCAUACAGAAAUUGCUCCACGUGAAAUCGUGUCUUUCCUUUCAUCAUGGGUCUGUGAUGGGAGACAACAUCCAUGCAAAGAUGGAACCUGUUUCAACAUCAGCAUUUCAAAUUUAAAUGAUGUUUUCCAGUCAACUAAUGAUUAUCUCAAUCACAUAACGUCCACAGUUAGUUUCAAAAGCUAUGCACAUCUUAAUGUUUAUCCAUUUUUUGAGCGAAUGUUCAAAUGGCUGCAUGGGAGUGGGUAUGAGAGAUUUUCCGUCAUGGCAGCGGAAGAGGAUUUCGUUGUCAUGGUGAUGACAGUUCUGGGAUUGCCAGUGGAGCAAGUUCUUCCAUUGGCGUCAAGGCUUGUGUUUGAGAUUCAUGAAUCUUCUCAGUCAAAAGAUCUGAUCGUUAAAAUAUAUUUUAAUGGAAUUGAUGUAUCUGAUAGACUUUCUCUGAGUACUGAUCUGAAUGUUUCACUGUUAAGUCUGGAAAUGGUGAGUGAAUAUUAUACAAGGUCAAUGUUAAGUAGUUUCAAAGACAGGGAUUAUUAUACUGAAUGCAUGUCAUGAUCAGGGAUUAUAUAUGUUCCUGCCUGUUACCACACGUUUUAGGGUUUCUAUUAAUUAUUUAUAGAAUGAGUUGUCAUUUUGAAAGGAUUGAAAGGACGUAAUAAUGCUCAAAUCAAAAUUGACUCCCAUCAAAUAUCUUUGAAAUCUGAGAAAGAAUUGCCUAUGCUUUUUGUGUGUGAUUUUUUUUACUCCUAAUUUAAAUCAAACGUUUUUUGUAAUGUGUGACAAGGAAUAUAUGAUAGAUAUAUUUUUGAAAAUGAUAAGCUGUUUAUGACCAUGAUGACUAGUUUUGUGGCAUCACUGAAACGGAUUGUCUGGCUCUGAUUCAACUACUUACAGGCCACCUUCAUAGCAGGAAUAUUGCUGAUAGAAGCAUUUACCAAACUCACGAACAAAAAUAAAAUGUAAAACAUGUAUUAUACAAAUUGAGCCUAUAUAACACAGACAACAUUCCUGAAAGUCUUGGGUUGAAUCUGUUAAUGUUGUUCUAGAUUCAUGCUUCCAGAUUUGAUUGACCUUUCUAUCUCUUAUAACUAGAACUUAAUGUUAAACAUUUAAUGGUGUUGAUUAUUU